GCUAGCUAUUGUUAGCUAUUGUUUGCUAUUGUUCUUGUCUUAAAGGUAAUAGUGGCGUGGAUAAUGCGAUAUUCAAAAUGUAUGCCAUGGUCUUAACAUUGCCGAAGUCUUGUGUACAUAACAAUUUGAGAUAAUACACUUAAUGGAUCAAAUGAAUGGAUUGCACAUGAGCACUAAGAUAAAGAGGUUGAAAACUUGACAAAAAUAUUUGAUUUUUUUUGUAAGACAAAAAAUUUAAAAACGGAUUUUAACAAGAUUUUCAAGAUACCAAUAAAUUGGUAAUGAUGAAGUUCUGACACAAUAAAUGGACAAGGACCUUUAAGUAAACGUGAGCAAAGAAUGCCAAUUUCGGACUUGCCAUCGAUUCCAACUGGAAAACCUGUUAGUAACGAGUUAGGAUUUGAUCGGCCGACAUUAACAAAAGACUUACCAAGUCAUGUCCGACAUAAAACUGAUUUUCAUGAACACUUACCGGAAGUCCCGGUAAAUCAGCAGAAAAGAAACAGUGAAGGUCAAGUUCUACAAGUAAAAUUCGCACCAAAUGUAGUCAUACCUAAUUAUGAAAGGGUCAAAACAGUGGUACCCGGUUUCGAUUCGACCGUGAAUGUGGAUCAUAAGCAUUAUGAACAAUGGGCAAGGGUACCAGGACGGAGAAUACCUAAUAGCACGCUUUUAAGAGGGAUCCAGCAGCUAAAGUCCAGGAUGAAGCGGGAUAGCAUGGAACAAGAGCAUAUCGAAGCCGUGGCAAACAACAAAGAUUUUCAUAUCAAUCAACUGAAUAGAAACAGUUUACUUACAAGGGAUAAAUUGUCCGAUGACAAUUCUUCACGUAGGGAAAAGAUAAAUGUAAGUGUCAGCAGUUACGGAUUAAGAACUCAAAUUCCACCCCGAAGUCCAUUGAAAACAUGCGCUCAUGUGAUAGAUUCCUCUCUUUUAAAAACGGAAAAUCAAGGUUCUAGUGACGCAGAUUUCUCAGAUAGCCAAAAAGACACUGAAUCGAGAACUGAUCGUUUCCAUGAUCGUGAUAGCUCUAAACCGCGACAUGUAGUUUCUAAAAUGCGGGAUAGAUGUGCGCUUCCGGUUUCAGUUUACCAACCUAUAAGCAUUGGCGAACACGUGUUUUUAGUAAAUGAACCUAUUAAAUACACAGAUUUCUUAAAAAUGAAGAAUACUGAAUAUAGAAUAAAAAAGGAUCCAAAAUCAGCCACUACGAUUCUGAUGCCGGACAGAAGUGGAAAGGUUGUGAAUCUUCCGGAACCUGGACAAUAUGAAAAUAACUCUACUCGGAAGGAUCUUUUUGACAGUUUACAAAGAACAAAAACUGUAGCUGGUGGAUUCCCGCCAUCAAGAACUCAUAAAAGAACGCCCGUUAUGGUCUCAAGUGCUGAAUUGUUUGAUUUUUCUCAACAAUCAGAAAUAAGAAAUUUUAUGGAUGACAAGUUUUUCGAACGCAGUAAAACAGAGAUUUCAUUUCCAAGUAAAGGUGGGAGAUAUUCCAAAUGGGUACCAAACGUGCAACGGCUUAAAGACGCUGUAAAAUAGUUUUAUUUUUGUUAAUUUAUUUCAUUGUUGUUAGGCUUUAAAUAAAUAAUAUAUUGU